GUGGGCGGGGCUUGAGCUCAGACCACGCCCCCGCCCCGCCCCAACAAACCAAAACAAGCGGGCGCCCAACAUGGCCACGCCCACCACGUAAACCCCGCCCCCUCUCCGCUCAGCCAAUCCCUGCCCUCUCCCGGCCCACAAACCCCGCCCCCUCCCUCAGGCCACGCCCCUCCGCAGCCGUUACCCCUUGGCGGGCGAACCCCCUCCCUCUGUAACCCCGCCCCGCCCUCCUAUUGGCUGUCCCUGCACCAGCACCGCGCUCCCAUUGGCCGAUCCUCUCGGGGGCGGGGCCACCCCUCCCAACUCGCCCCGCCAUUGGCCGCGGCGCGGGGCCCAAUGGGCGCGCGGCGGUUUGAAGGCGCGCGGGACAAGAUGGCGCCGCCGCCUCAGGACGGUCCCGCUGCGCUCCCGGCGCCGCGCCCGGGCCCGCGCCCGGGGACCUCGCGGCUGCCGGUGGCCCGGGGCCAGGAGAAGCGGGGCCCGCCCGAGGGCCCGCCCGCGGCGCCUCCCCAGCAGAAACGAUCGCGGACCGGGCUCGGGCCCGGCGGCGCCAAGGCCGCGCCCAAGGCCCCGCUGCGGGCCCCGCUCCGCACCCUGGGCCCCGCGGCGGCGGCGGGGAAGAACGAUGGUCCCCGCAAGGCAGCGUCGGUGGCGGCUGCUCCUCGGGCAGGCUCUGCCACCAGCACAGCGAGUGCCAAGGGCGCCUCCAAGCGGCCGCCGUGGGACCUGCGGGGACAGCUCGGGGACCUGCGGGGGGCGCUGGGCCAGGCCCAGGAGCGGCUGCAGGGGCUGGACAGCGAGAAACGGGAGCUGGAGAGCGAGAAACAGGAGCUGAGGGAGCGCCUGCAGCAGCUGCAGAGCGAGCUGGGCCAGAGCGAGAGCAGGGAGAGCAGCCUGAGCACCAGGGUCGGCUCCCUGGAGCUGGAGGUGUCGCAGUGCCGUGAGCAGCUGGAGCAGAGCCGGGGCCGGGAGGAGGCUCUGGAGGCCAAGGUGCAGCAGCUGCAGGCGGAGGAGGAGAAGCGGCGGCAGGAGAGGGACGAAGCCCUGGGCCGGGCUCAGGCGCUCUCAGAGCAGCUGGAGAGCACUGAGGCGCAGCUGCAUGAGGUGCAGCAGCAGCUGCAGGAGAAGCAGGAUCAGGUGUCAGCGCUGCAGGAGCUGGAGGCCUCGCAGAGGACGCUGCUGGCCGAGCACGAGGAGCGCAUCCACCUGCUGGAGAUGGAGCGGCGCCGCCUGCACAACGACAUCCAGGAGCUCAGGGGGAACAUCCGCGUGUUCUGCCGCGUGCGGCCGCUGCUGCCCGAGGAGCGGGAGCGCCAGCGGGGGAUGCCCCACCUGCACUUCCCGCCGCAGGACGCCCGCAGCCUCGUGCUCACCCGGCCCGACGACUCGCAGCUGGGGCGGGAGCGGCGCGCGGAGCUGCGCUACGACUUCAGCUUCGACCGCGUCUUCCCGCCCGGCGCCUCCCAGCAGGACAUCUUCCAGGAGAUCCAGCUGCUCGUGCAGGUGGGAUACGGCUUCUCGGCCAGCUUCCUGGAGAUCUACAACGAGGGGCUGCGCGACCUGCUGCUGCCCAGGGGCGAGCGCGCCUCCGAGCUGGAGAUCCGGCGCCUGGCGCCCGACAGCGACGAGCUGCACGUGCCCAACCUCACCUGGGUGCCCGUGGACAGCGAGGAGCAG